AUGUCUUCUUCAACCGCCCCCGCCACCACUAGCGACUCCUCUGACCACCUUCACACGCCUACAUUAGACCGCGAGUCUUCCGCUCUCCUCCACUCCAUUUCCGAGCAUGGAGGCUAUGCUUACGUCAGCAUGGCCUCCCUCGCCAUCCUCGGCGACUUCCGGGCCGCCGAAGCUGCCCGUGAAAUGGCCUGGGAGCAGCUGCAUUCGGGGCCUCGCCACUCGGUCCUCCCAGUUUGGCGCGACGCCUACUCUAUGGCGUGCCUUCACGUUGCGAAGCACCAUUACAUCAACGGCCAAUUCAAGGAGGCUCUUAGGGCUUUGGACAUGGGACUGAUCAUGGGGGGAUCGCUUCUAAAGAAAGACUUGAGCUCUGUUGUUGACAAAGUAUCGGAGAGGUUCAAGAACAUUCGUGCUUCCAAAGAAACCCGCGAAGGCUUUAGGAUGUCGGAACAUCGACUUGUCAGUAAUGAACUUAACCAGGUCGAGGUGCACAAACUUCUACCCUCCAACUCUCUUUCUUACAAAAUCGUGGAGAAGAGGUCUGCUCUGUCAUUGGAAAGUUUCCUAGAAGAUUAUUACCGGUCUGGCUAUCCGAUUAUCAUCAGUGAUUGUAUGGCUCACUGGCCCGCCAAGACAAAAUGGAAUGACAUAGAUUAUUUGCAAAAAGUUGCUGGUGAUCGCACAAUUCCAGUUGAGGUGGGAAAGAGCUAUUUACGUGCGGAGGGGAAGCAUGAGUUGGUUACAUUUUCUGAGUUUCUUCAGCGUAUGGAGUCCCAUGGCUGCUCUUCUGCCGGGCCUACAUAUCUUGCUCAGUAUCCGCUAUUUGAUCAGAUAAAUGAGCUUCGGAAAGAUAUUUGUAUUCCUGACUACUGUCUUGCUGGUGGCGGGGAGCUAAGAUCUCUCAAUGCAUGGUUUGGUCCUGCUGGGAUGGUAACACCGUUACACCAUGAUCCACACCAUAAUAUUCUGGCUCAGGUUGUUGGGAAGAACUAUGUAAGGCUUUACCCUCCAUCUCUGUCUAGGGAACUUUACCAUUACACUGAAACACUGCUUAUGAAUUCCAGACAGAUUGAUCUAGAUAAGGUGGAUGAAAAGAUGUUUCCUGGGCUGCAAGACUUGGAAUUCGUCGACUGUAUAUUAGAAGAGGGAGAAUUGCUAUAUAUCCCACAAAGAUGGUGGCGCCAUGUCCGCUCUCUAACUACAGGUUUCUCCGUUAGUUUUUGUUGGAGCGAGGCCGAAGGUUCAGCUACACCCUAAUAUUUCAUCGCUCAUGCCAUCGUGCCUACUAUUUUUUCCUUUAACUUUGAAAAUGAAAAAGGAAAAGUCUAAAAUGGAGGAGGGAGCAUAUGCCUCAAUUGCGUUGCUGACAUAACCUAUCAAUGCCCACUGCUCAUUUUGUAUCGCAAUGACAGCAUAAUCCUCGGGUACAUAAGAUUUCUUUUGGCUAUUGCUGAUAAUCACAUUCCCUGUCUAAAGGCAAGGUUGUGCGCGCGCGCGUGUAGAGAAAGAGAGAGAGAGAGAGCUUGACUGUGGAUCAUGCGGGUAAAAGAAGGCUCUAUUGGGGAGGGUCUGCAUAAAACCUUGUACGCGGGAAACCAAAAGUGGGGCAUCGUGAACUGAGUUGCGAAACCAGCUAAAAUCAUGUUUCUGAUCAUAAAUUUAUAGUCCAGUCUUUGCGCCACCUUGUCUUUAUAUUGUCUACUUCCCGAGCUGUACAUGCUUACGACCAAUCGUUAAGAGGGAGAAGGGGGCGGGGGGGAAGUCUCAUUGCGAAACUACCGUGAACAGAGUCGCGGACCAAGCCGAGUCCCAUUGCGAGGCAACAUCUCCACAACGUACGAGGUUUUUGUUUAUUUUCCUGGCCAGCACAACGUGCUAGGUUAACUGUGUUAAUCGUAAUGUAAACUUCCUUUCGCUCACGUGCCUACAUAGGAUUUCGAUUAGACUGAGAUAAUUUGUUAAUCCAUUACCAGAUUUGAACAUGCGUGCCUCUGAUAAACAAAUGUAUGCCUCUGCAAUUAUUUGAAUGAGACGGUUCAUUCGAAGGAGCGUGCGGGGGGUGCUAGCAAACAUUGUUACACGUGUAUGCUCAUGAUACGGUAUCUUCUACAUCAUGACCUGCGCUCUUCUGCCCUGCUCAAUGAUAAGCAUCAUUAAUUGAAGUGGCCGACUGAGAUGAUGAGUAUGAUCUGAUGCAAAUUAUGCCGUUGCUAGUUACGGACCUUAUAAGGAGAAAGACCAAGAAUGUGAUUUU